AAAAUCUUGUCCUGGCUACCUUUUCGCGAAACGUUUCUGGACGAGCUAAUCCGUAUGGAUGGGCUUGCAGAUGCAUUCCCCCUUCAGACCUGUCGAAACUGCACAAGCUUAGGAAUAUUCCGCUGCCAUGAAUGCACAGGGAAGCCUCUCCUGUGCAAGACGUGCAUUCUCAGUGCUCAUUCCGAUCUCCCGCUUCACCGCAUUGAGCAUUGGAAUGACAGCUUUUUUGAGAGCGCAACGUUAGCAUCUCUCGGCUACAUUUAUCAACUAGGACAUGCAGGAAAGCCAUGCCAAAGUCCAAGCAAACCGUAUCCACUGUGUGUAUGUGACAUCAACGGCAUCCACGACAUCAAGGUCUGCUUUUGUCAGUGUAGUGGACUCCACGAGGGCAUCACAUACCGCUGGCAACAACUUCUGCGCGUUGGUUGGUUCCCUGCAAGUACUGAUCGAGCGCAGACCGCCUUCACGUUCCAAGCUCUCGAAUUCUUUCACCAUCUCACUUUACAAGGAAAGACGAAUCUCUAUGACUUCUUUCAAGCUCUUCGGCGGGUUACCGACAAUUCCGGCACUCGUGUGGUAUCGAAUCGCUACAAGCAAGCGGCACACGUCGUCCGCAUAUGGCGCCAUAUGAAGAUGUUGAAGAGAGCAGGGCGUGGUCAUGAUCCAGAUGGCGUUGACGCCACACAAGAAGGAGAGCUCGCGGUGGAGUGCCCAGCCUGUCCCCAUCCUGGUAGCAAUCUACCGGAAGACUGGGAGCGUGCACCUCCAGAACUUUCUUGGCUGUACGUACUAUUUCUCAUGGUGGAUGCAAACUUCCGCAUCCGCUGCAAAGACCGAGGUUUGACCGAUGUCCAUCUGUCACCGGGUUGGGCAUACUACGUGGAGGAAGCGUGCUAUCUGAAGCAUGUCGAGCAACACGCUCACUUAGAGGAGGUACGUAAUACCUGCACUGCGGAGCACAAUGCAAUAAUCAAAGCAAAUCUUCGCAAGGAAGGCUACCUGGCAUCUGGAGUGGGUGCCGUGCUCUGUGCCCGCCAUGCAUUUGUCCGCAAGAAGGGAGUCGGAGACCUUCAGAAAGGAGAAAAAUUCUGCAACAUCGACUAUCUCAUUCUAUCCACCCUCACAUCGCUUGUUCUCCUCUGGCUCUUUCUUACCUACGACAUUGCGUGCCAGUUUAGCAAGAACUUCCAGAAGCGAAAUGCUACGUACCGUGAAGACCUCCAUCUCGACUUUGAUCGUAUCAAUAUUCGCUGGGGAAUACCGAAAAAACAUCUUCCGGCUCACGGCCCCAACCAUGCGCGAUAUUCUCUCAACUAUGUUCGGCAUGUGGGACGCACGUAUGGCGAGGGCAUCGAGUCGAGCUGGUCGCACAUGAAUCCAAUCGCAAUGAGCGCACAGGAGAUGGGACCCGCGAUGCGUCAAGAGGUACUUGACGAUCAUUGGGGUGCAUGGAAUUGGGGAAAGAUAAUCAAUCUCGGCAAGCACAUGCAAAAUUCAUACAAGGAGGCAGUCUCAAUGCGCCAGAAGCACCGAGAUAUCUUCAACGAAUUCACGGAUACAUUUGCACCGGCAGUAAUCAAGGAAUGGGAAGAUAUUCAUGAGGCCUGGCAGCAGAAUCACGAUCAUAAGCCUGACCCUUUCGAAGAGCCAACCUCCACGUGGACGAUGAAUGCAGUACGCCUACAACUGGCACAAGAAGAUGCCGCCGAAGCUGCUCGUGGACAUAUAGCACCUCAUGAAGUGACUGCCAGUGUAUUCCUUCAGCUCGGCUUAGAGCUAGAAGGUCAACAUCAUAGCCGUGUAUCACAGCUCAAGUCUAUCGGGAAAAGUGACGCCAUGCGUGCUGACUCUCAACAGAAACAGAAUGCGCUGUAUCAUCGCAUUCAAGGGUGGCGCACCUUGCAGGACAUUUACAUGCCCAUAGCGGCACAGCUACGUGCUCCGUACAUCAGCAUUGAAGAAAUAGCGGAAGAGCCAGACCAUGCAGCUAACGACAUGAAGCUGUGGUUGCCAUCAUCCCUUUCUGUUGACUUGCAGAGCUCCGAAGCAAUGCGUGAUCUUGUCAUGAAGGAGACACGGCUCCGCAUUGCUCAAGCUGAUGAUGCACUUGCAGAAAUUCGUCGGUUACGUCGUGUUCUCAUGGAGGUCCGUCAAUUCCGCAAGAUGAAUGUAUCCGGCACUGGACAAAAAGCAAAUACGAGGAUGCGUACAUUGUUUACGCGUUUCACAGACAAGAUCCAGCGUGCCACCUCCACCUAUCGUGUCGCUCGUGCUGCUCUCUUCGUACUCGAUCCUGGUGGUGACUGGUCAAAUCGCUUUCUUGUUCUGGAAGAUAAGCACAUCUCUGGACCAAGGCGUGAUGAUGAUGGAACAGGAGAGGGCCGGUAUGAGCUAUCCUGGAUCUGGUGUGUCAAACGUCCAGAUGGGACCACUAUUAGUGAGGAGGUCUCGAAUACCAGUGAGUACAAUGAUAGCAUGCGUGUCGAGUGGGCACGUACAAAGGCACGGGCAGAUAGAUGGGCUGAGGAGAAGGAACUUCUGGAGGAGGAGAUGCGACGAGUGAUUGAGUAUCUCAGGUGGAAGGCGAGAUGGUGGUGUCAGCAUGCAGAUGAACGCACUGACGUUUCUCCAUCCCUGGCAUGUGGGCUUCAUGCCUAUGCUGAAAAAGAGGCUGCAAUCUUUCAAAAACUCUCCAUCAAGUUCACGUCCAUGUGGCUGCCUUUGCUGCACAAGGCUGGCACAGUUCCAGAAUGGGUCAAGGAUUUUACAGAUGCAGUGUGCAAAUCUAUUGAAGAGGAAGGCUCUGAGGAUGACGUUGAGGCUGAGUCUGACAUUCCUGAAGAUGAUUUGUAG